AGCAAAUUCCCACGACUCGUUGCAUCUAACAAGGAAAGUUGCGCUCUUAUUAACUUUGGGGAUUUUCUUUUCUUCAUCCCAUAUCCGUACCGAGUUGAAAAUUUUCUUUUCAACCAAUGAUCUCCAACCGACGUUAAUUCUCAACUCCAUUCAUUAAAACUAGCAAUUUUCAACAAUUCAAUGGGAUUGAACUUUCAAUUUAAUACAUUUCCCCCUUGUACAUAGAACACGAGACAAAACAGAACAGACCCUUCAACUAGAGAACAUCUUUCUCUUCUCUAAUUCCGAAUUACAUAACGGUUUCGAGAAUUCCGAGGCUCUAAGCAAGCUCAAAAAUCUCUCGUCUCUCCCCUGUCGCUGACAUGUUCUUUUCUCUCCUUAACUCUUGCCUAACUAUCUCUCUAGUGUUUAAUGUUCCAUUUUUAGGUCAGAUUUCUACUUCUCUGAAUCAGAUUUCCAUGCAUGUACAUAUGUUCUGAUUUUGACAUUCCUUCUUUCUUUUAUGUUAAAUACUGGUGAAAGGUCUAUUGUUGUUCGUAGAUUUCAAACUAGAUAUUCAAAGUUUCUAUGACUUCUCUGUUUUGCUUCAAUUUGAAAAAAAGGAAGUUGAUGGGUUAAAUUGAUAGGUUCCCAAAAGAGUUUGUUGCUCAAUACCCAUUUCAGAGUGGUGAAUAUGGGCUCUGUCAAUAGGUUUCUUCCCCAAAAAUUGUUUCUUUUUGCUGCCUCUUUUUGGGUCUCUGUUUCUGCUCUGUUCCUUGCUCUGUUUGGUCUAAUCAAUAGGAACCUUUUCAGGGUUAAAGAGAAUUACCUCCCUCAGCCAAAUAAUUCAAAUUGUACAGAACAAGAAUUUGACAUGAAAGAAACAGAACCUGAUUCCAAUUGUAUGGGGGAAGAUAUCGUUGAAGCUAAAAAACCAGAAAUUGAUGGCACAGAACCGAAUGAUACAAAAGAAAAUGAUGAAUUUGAAGAAGAAGAAACACCAAAAUUCUUUUUCAAAUUUCAAUUUCAGACUUACAAAGAGAAUUAUGAGCCGAUUGUCUCAGAUUUUGUAUCCUCUACAAGCACCACCGCCAACAAGUAUGAGGUCUUAUCUGUGAAAGAUUCUAGUCACUACUUGGAGAAACCAGAAGUUUUAAGCUUUAAAGUGAAAGAAUUAUAUGCUGAUUCUAAUGAGGUUUCUAUUGCCAAUACAGAGAUAAUGAAUGAAAGAGAGAUGAAACAGACUUCCACAAAUAGUGCAUGUGAAGCAAAGGAAUCAGAGAAGCUUGAACCAGAAAAAUGCAUUGAAAGGUCUAUUCCAAAACAGGAAAUAUCAGCUCAUGUUCAGUUUCUAUCAGAAAAGGACUUCAUUGCUGCAGUUUCUGAUUCUGAUUCUGACUCCGAUUCUAUUACUUCAAGCAAUGAAGUUAUAAGUCGCUUUGUAGCUUCAACUAGUGAUAGCUUUUUAUCAGAAAAAGAUUUUGAAGAAGCAUUUGAUUUUGAUUUUAGUUUUAUGGAGGACAUUGAAGGGGAGAAAUCAGAAUUAACUGGGGAAGAAGAAAAUAUGAAUUUGCAGAAUUUAAGUGGAGGGUACGAGCCAGAUGAUUUCGAAGACGAAGACAGUGAUAUAUUAGAAGAGCUUAAAAAUUUAGAACCAGAGUCUGAUAUGCAAAAUUUCGAUAGCCAAGAAUUUGGUAAAAGGGUUAUUCAAGAAGAAGAACUUGAUUGCAAUGACAAGGAAGAAUCUAAAGAUAGUUCAGAUAAUUCUGAGGACUCAAAUGGAUUGGAAAUUUUGUGGGAACAUCAAGAAUUGAUUGAGCAACUGAAGAUGGAGCUUAAAAAGGUAAGAGCUACUGGCCUGCCAACUAUCUUAGAAGAAGACGAGUCACCAAAAAUAAUGGAGGAUUUAAAGCCAUGGAAGAUUGAUGAGAAGUUUCAACAUGAAGAUAGAAUGGGUGAGCUUCACAAAUUCUAUAAGAGCUAUAGGGAACGGAUGCGAAAAUUCGAUAUCUUGAAUUACCAGAAAAUGUAUGCAAUGGGCUUUCUUCAAUCAAAGGACCCACUUAAAUCAUUUUCGACCCAUAAAGCUUCAGCUCCAGCAUUGACAUCAAUUUUUUCACGGAAGUUCCUGAUAGGCAAGCGAAAAAAGUCUACUUCUGAUCCAAUGAUGACCUUCAUUAGAGAACUGCAUAGUGAUUUGGAAAUGGUUUAUGUUGGUCAAAUGUGCCUUUCAUGGGAAAUCCUUCAUUGGCAAUAUGACAAGGCAUUAGAGAUAUGGGAUUCUGAUCCGUAUGGGAUUCGUCGAUACAGUGAAGUUGCAGAUGAAUUUCAACAGUUUCAAGUGCUUAUGCAGAGAUUUAUAGAAAAUGAGCCUUUUGAAGGUCCAAGAUUACAAAAUUAUGUCAAGAAUCGCUGCGUUUUGCGUAAUCUCCUUCAGGUUCCAGUAAUAAGAGAAGACAGUAUAAAGGAUAGGAGGGCAAGAAGAAAAGAAAAGGACGAUGAUGAUGCAAUUACAAGUGAUAAACUAGUAGAGAUCAUGGAAGAAUCAAUAAGAAUUUUCUGGAGAUUCGUUCGAGCUGAUAAAGAUGCACAUAACGUAGUUCUGAAAGGUCGAAAGGGAACUCAAAUCGAACCCCAAGACCCUAUAGAACUAGAGCUUCUGACAGAAGUUAGAACAAAUCUGCAAAAGAAGGAGAAGAAGCUUAAAGACAUAUUGAGGAGUGGAAACUGCAUAUUGAAGAAGUUCCAAAAACGUAAUCAAGAAGAGAGCAGUUCAGAUCAAGUUCUCUACUUCUUCUCUCAAGUGGAUAUGAAGUUGGUGUCAAGAGUUCUCAACAUGUCGAAAAUUACGACAGAUCAACUACUGUGGUGUCGCAACAAAUUGAACAAGAUUAAUUUUGUUACCGGGAAGAUACAUGUAGAGCCUUCAUUUUUGCUUUUUCCUUGCUGAUGAUGUAUGUAUCUCAGCUAUCUACCAUUGUAAAUGGUCUUCCAUACUCUAGUUCUUGAUUAUACAUGCAGAGGGAGGAUUUUUAGAAAAUUUUUUAGGAUAUAGUUAAGAAUCCAUUGUUAGAACUGAUAUUAUACUUCUUUUGUUUCUUUUUUUUUUUUUUUUCUUGUUUUACCAUGGCAAAUAUAAUGGAUAAUAAAACAACAAUAUCACAUUAUAAA